AUGACUGGUGAUCUUGAGCUCUCAAGUUACUCUCUCUUUUUAAUCGUUAUUCCAUGGACAUUCUUAUUGUUCUUCAAAUCCAUCAUUUCAAUAUUCUUGAUCAAACCGGCCUCCAGAAAAUCUGCUCCAAGAUCAUACCCAUUGAUCGGUUCGUUGUUCUCUAUACGGCAAAACCGUCAUCGUUUCAUCCAAUGGACAUCCGACAUUGUCAACAACUGCCCGACUAAAACGUGGAGACUUCAUAUGCCUCUAGGUGGUGUUCGUGUUAUCACUGCCAACCCUAAUGUCGUCCGACAUAUACUCAAAACCAACUUCUAUCUCUACCCGAAAGGCAAGCCAGCAAGAGCCGUUGCGUCUGAAUUACUCGGAAAUGGCAUUUUUAAUAGUGACGGUGAUGACUGGAAGUUCCAAAGACAGCUUUCUAUUCACGAGUUCAACACAAAAUCUCUAAAGAAUUUUGUCGAACAUGUUGUAGAUACCGAGCUUAACGAUCGUCUAUUACCAAUCCUUCUUACGUCUGCCAAGAAUAACGAAACCACCGUUCUUGACUUCCAAGACAUACUCGAAAGAUUUGCAUUCGAUAAUAUAUGCAAAAUUGCAUUCGGAUAUGACCCUGCUUACUUGACACCUUUGCUACCAAAUGCCAUGUUUGCAACCGUGUUUGAAGAUGCCUUUAUGAUCAUCAUUGGCAGACUACGCUCAAAUCUCCCGUUGAUAUGGAAACUUAAACGACUCCUUAAUUUAGGCUCGGAGAAACGACUUUGUGAAGCUGUUACUAUCAUUCGAGGAUUUGCCAACAAAAUCAUCAAAGAAAAAAAACAGCAAUUAUUGGAAACGAAAUUGUGUCCCGAUCAUUCUGUUGAUUUACUUCACAGGUUUUUAAUAUCCGGACACUCUGAUGAAACAUUUGUUACCGAUAUUGUUACCAGCUUUAUACUAGCCGGAAGAGACUCCACGUCAUCAGCGCUGACGUGGUUCUUCUGGCUAGUUCACAAACAUCCUAGAAUUGAAAAAGAAAUAAUGAAAGAAAUAAAUGAGAAAAGAGAUAACUCAAUUUAUGAUGAAGUAAAAGAUAUGGUUUACACUCAUGCUUCACUAUGUGAAAGCAUGAGAUUGUAUCCUCCCGUGGCCAUAAACGGGAAACAAGCUGCAAACGACGACGUUUUGCCUGAUGGAACUUUUGUUAAAAAAGGUUGUCCGGUGUCGUAUCAUAUUUAUGCAAUGGGGCGUUCUAAGGAGAUCUGGGGGUCGGACGUCGAGGAGUUUAGGCCCGAGAGGUGGUUAGAGAGGGAUGUUAUGUCCAAACGGUGGGUGUUUAAACCAAAGGAUAGUUAUGAGUAUCCGGUUUUUCAAGCUGGGCCGCGUGUUUGUUUGGGUAAAGAGAUGGCAUUUUUGCAAAUGAAGAGGGUUGUGGCUGGGAUUUUGAGGAGGUUUAAGGUGGUUCCGGUUACUGGUGAUGGUGUUGAUGAGCCUGUUUAUGUAGCUCACUUUACUUCCAAGAUGAAAAAUGGGUUCCCUGUACGGAUUGAAGAACGUCGUCAAAAUUCUCUAUGUAUUUGA